UCCUGUAAACCUGGCAUCAACCUUGGGAGAAGUAAUAGCAAAGUGGAUCUGGAGAUCAGUAGUUAAAGAACAAUACAAAGAAAUUGAUCAGUGUGGUCUACAGAAAAGAUGUCUGGAAAGAAGGGUCGUGAUAAGGAGGGUUGCUUUGCUCUUGAAUCUAUUGAUUUCAAGACUGCUUUGGCGCAGUUCCAGAAUCUAGUUGAAAAAAUGAUCAUCCAGAGGACCAAGGAGAGUUCAGGCUUGUAUACUAAAGAUGAUGAUGAGAUAGAUUAUGAAAAGUUCUAUAAAACCACACGAAUGCUUUUUGGUUCAGCAGUCAAGGAUCAGGAUAUUCAGGCCUUUUUCAGGAAGAUUAUGAGCAACCCUGAUGAAAGGCCAGAAUGGACUGAGAUUUUUGGCUGUUUUAGCAGAGAAAGCAUUGGCAUUUCUUCCGCUUCUAAAGAAACUUUGGUUUUGCUUGUAUCUGAAAAACAGCAGAUUACUCAUUCAGUUGUCAAGAGAAAAGAUGUGAUCAAGGGUAUAGUGAAGGUGCCCCUUCUGCGUCUCACAGUAACAGCCUCUCAGAAAGGAAUGAUAACUGUGUUUAGCAAAAAGAUGAAGGUUCUGGCAAACAUCAAUAUUGAAGAUACUGCUUGGAUCACUGGAUGUGAUUUUCUGCCUAAUCUAAACUAUGUCGUGGCUGUAACUGAAAGCACAAUCAUUCUCUGGGACUAUAAAUCAAAAGAGAGCGAGAGCGAUGGCUUUGUCAUCAAACCAAUGAAAAACUGCCUGCUCUGCGUUUGUACUGUGACUAUGGCAGAUAACCUGGCUAAGGAUACCAUCUUAAUGGGAGAUGAUAAGGGUUAUGUUUAUCUGCUUACUAUCACCAGUGAUGACUUCAUAAUGAAACAAUCUAAAACUGAAAAAGUAUUAAAAUUUAAAGUCAUGGACUCCGAAUCUUUUGACAUGCCUAAACGCAAGCUACAUGAUGACUGGGUUGGGAAGAUUAAGUAUUUUCCUACCCUAAAACGUUUUGGAUCCUGCUCCACAGACAGUAUUAAUUCAUUUGUUUUGGAUGACAUAAAGCGACUAGAGGACCACUUACCUGUAAAGGAAUUUUCUGUCCCGAAAGGAGUAAAUGCUUUCACAUACUGUGGAAAGGCAAAAGUCAUUGUCACUGGAGGUAAUGACAGAAUCCUUCGUUUGUGGAAUCCUGUUGUUAAUUUUAGUCCUUCGGGGAAGUUAUUCGGACACAAACAUGGUAUUGUGGAAAUUGUGACAAAUGAGAAAGACCAACAUGUCAUCAGCCUUUCCUGUGCAAAGAAGAGCCCCCAAGAACAGAGGGAACUGUUCCAUAUUGCAGUCCUGGAGAGGAUAACAAAGUAGUUUUCUGGGGCUGUUGCAGCCAAGAUAGAGGAAAGAUAUGCAGUUUUUAGAGUGUGGGAUAUACAGACUCUUUCACCACUGCAGGUCUUCUAUGAAAGUCAUGGGACUCCAGAAGAGAUGAAUUCCUUUCCCAUGAUAUUUGACAAUGACCAUGGCCUGCUUUUCACAGGUUCAGAUGUCAUUGAUAUUUAUCCCCUAGCUAAUGUGACAAAAGGUUCAAAAGAGUUGCCUCAGACACAUAAGAAGAGCCUCAAUGUUCUGCUUUACAACAGGGCUUUUCGCCAGAUUCUCAGCAUUUGCACUGAGUCAAUACUGAAGGUCUGGGACUUAGAAACAGGAUCUCAAAUAUAUCAAAUAGAAGAUGCACAUGGGCUGAAUACUGAGGUGACCUGUGCAGCCAUUGAAAAAAAUGGGGUUUAUCUUGCUACUGGGGCAUGUGAUGGAACAGUGAAAAUCUGGGAAUUUGAAAGCGGGCAAGAAGUUAAAGCCUUGCCUUUAACACAAGACAGUGAUGAUGAGCAUCGUGUUCUGAAGAUAAUAUAUCUGAAGGCUGAUGGAGGUCAACAUGCAGUUAUUGCUUUGGAACAGAGAGGGAAGAUAAAAAUCAUUCAGGGUGACUCAGCUCAAACACAUCUAUAUGUCACAUGGAUGCUUCCUGAGAUAGUGCCAUUUCCACGAAGGAAUCCAGUUGUGUAUCUGUCACUGAGGCCUGCCUCCUUAGAAACACAAGAUUUUUUUCCAGAGAUUCGGCUUCUAUGUAACACCAGUUCCAUGAGAAAUGAUAGAGAGACUUUUUUAUCUUCUGUGGAUAUUAGGUGUUUUGAUAUUUUACAAGUAGAAGGCGGCAGAUCGAUAGCUACAGGAAGUGCAAAUGGUGAAAUAAAUUUGUGGGAUUUUGAAUCUGCCUCUGUGAAAUGCCUGCGUAAAACUACAGAAGACAGUGAGGUCUCUGGAGUCAAUGCCAUAUUAUUCCUUGUACGUAGUGUUUCCUCUUCCAGGAAAAGAAGUUCCCUGUCCUCUGCUCCUUCUGUGAGGAGUAAUGCCAGUGCCAUUGCAAAGCACAAGGGAAGUUCUACAGACCUACAUGAGAAAAAUGCGGAAAGUGAUGAAAUUAAUACUGAAAUAAAAACAGAAGAAACAACUAGCUGUGAGGACACCCAAACUCCAGAGGUGAAUGAACAGUUGUUGAAGGCUAGAGCAGGACUAGCACCUCUACUGGUUUCUGCUCAUGACAGUGGCUGUAUCCGCCUAUGGAGUAUUCAGGGAAACUUGAUGAAAGAACUUCUGCCAUUUGCAGGACGUCCCUCAGGUCCUCUGACAGCACUGUGUACAGACAUCUUCACUAAAAUUCUUUUGACAGGCAGUAAAGAGGGAUAUGUUUUUCGCUGGAAUAUGGCCUCAUUUUUAGAAGAUUCACGAAAUAUAAAAAAUGCAAUAAAGGAGGAGCUCUGCUGGAAGGCACAUGCUGCUGAAGUGGUUGACUUAUUUAUUGAAGAGGAGAAAAAUGUGGUAGCGACAGCAUCCAUUGAUGGUUCAGUCAGACUUUGGCAUGCCAGGACUGGAUAUUAUUUUGGUUUCUUUGGACAAGCCAGGAAGUUUGACUUAACAGAUACCAGUCGGUUGAUUUUGCCUUCUGAUGUUGGUGAUUUUUCUGCUAUAAUUAAAGAGGAGAUCAAACGUACAGAAAAGAAGAAGAUUGUAUAUCCUCUCAUGCUGGACAGAGACAAGUUGAAGUCACUAACGGCAUCACCUUCAGAUUUAGAAAAGGAUGGAGAUGAGGAACCAGUUCACAGCUUCAAGUUUUUCAGAGCUCUGGCUCCUGAAAAGGUUCAACCUAUGGAAACUUUUGAGUUUGCAAGCAAAGAGGCUGGUGCAGUAUUUGGGUUUCUUCCUACAUAUGAGCUUGAGACUCCAAUUGAAGUGAGCAUGCCAAACAGUGAGUAUUGCAGAUGUUAACUCCUCCUGUUUAACCUCAUGUCAUUAAUGUUUUGCUCAGACCAGAUCCUUUUAACCAGCCAACCUAUUGAUUCCCAUCUGCCCAAAACUUUGAGUAUUGUAAGAUAGUACUAUUUUAUGGGUAUUAAUGAUCUGACCUAUUGCAAGCUGUCUAGCAAAGCUUCCUAGGUUUUUCUUCUAUGGAGCAAGAUCAGAGUAUUCCAGAGGCUUGUCUAUCCCACAUAUCAUAGGAUGAAAAGAAUCACCCCUAGCAAAGGAGCUGAUCCCUUUUUGUAGAUGGUACCUAGAGAACUAACUUG